CCCGUCGCUGUGAAGUCUCGGCAGAGACCGGAGCGGGAGGCAGCUAGGUUCACCGAUGCAGCAGAAAAUUUAGCUCUCCAGAAAUACCGAAAGGCGACCAAGUUCUGUUCACGAUGCGAAUGUGAAGCUCCGACUCUUCUGGAUUAAACCAGUUUUUAUUUAUUUUUUUAUUUUCCUGACAAAAAGAAAAGAAAAAAAGCUUCGCUGUUUUGUUUUGUUCCUGGAGAGCUUAAUUGACCUCAUGAUGAUCGGUAGAGGACUCUUCCUUCUGACGGUUUUAUCCAACUGCGUUCUGUCAUUGCCACUGACUUCAAGCCAGCUGGAGAAUGACGACGUUCAGGUGAUGAAAUGCAUCGUGGAGGCACUGGCAGAUGUUCUGUCGAGGCCACGCCUCAUACCCAUCAGUCAAGAGUGCUUGGUUACCUUGAAAACAGAUGGCAGACUCCUCACCAUCCUCCGUCAUCAUAACUUUCUGAAGGAGCUGCAGGAGAUCGCUGUCGGAGGUGGUCAGGAGAGGGCUCUGCUGCAGAGACUUGCUGACGAUCCGACCCCCACAACAAAAGCACUUCACACCACGGAUGACAAUGCCGAUCGAUCCAUGUUGGACGCCUUGGGAGACCCUGGCGAAAGAUCCGUCCCGUCCCAGAGGAAGAGGGCAAGAGAUGGAAGAGCGGGGAAGGACGAGAGCAGGGAAGAUGACACUUCAAAGGAGGACAGUGAAACCGAAGAGGUGGAAGUGGAGAGGGGAAACGAUGAGGCUGAAAAGGAGGAGGAAGAAGGAUUCGAUAGCAUGCAGGCAAACUCCGAGGAGAAAUCAGAGGAGGAAAAAGAGGCGACGGAUCAGAGAGGCAAGGGGUCUGAUGAGACGAGAGCUCCCUCCAGAAACAAGUCAACAGAAAGGAUGUACAAGGUGGCAGAUGGAGGGGAAAGUAACAGAUCUGUGCUGCUGUCACAAAAACACAACAGCAAAGAGGAGGAGCAUGGGAGGAAAAGAGGAGGCCAGGAGGACCGAAGGCUGAAGAAGAGAGUGAUAAGGAAGGAGGAGCAAGAGGAGAAAAUGCCUCAUCAUUCAAAAGUAGUCAAAGAGGCAGAGGAGAAGAAGAAGAGAGAUGCUGAGAGGAGUCCAGAGGAAAAGGAGCUGCAGAUGAUUGCUCAAAGGUCACCGGAGGAAAAGACAGAGAUGGAAGAAGAAGGAAGCGGCAGUAGAAAGUCAGAGGAGCCUGAGAUUGAAAGCCUGGCAGCCAUCGAGUCAGAACUUGAAAACGUUGCCAAGAAGCUCCACGGGCUGCGACGAGGCUGAAAGAGAGAUCAAUAGAAGUUUUGACGCUGCAACCUGUCUUCUUGUCCUUCUCUGCUUCUCUCUCUCUCUCUCUCUCUCUCUCUCUCUCUCUCUCUCUCUCUCUCUAGGAUGCCACACCACUGCAGACAUUGUUCGUUUUCUUACACAGAGUAGCAUCCUGCAGAUAGAAGCUUAGACGUGGAUACUAACAUCAGGCAAGUGCACAAGUUCUGUGCAGAGCAUACAGAUUUCUAAAAAAAAGAGUCCCGUUAUAGUCUUAUGUUCAUUUCAUCUUUAUGCACAUUUAUCUUUAUUACUUUAACAAUUAACAUUGGUUUAAAUGAAAGGAUUGGGCUAAUCCAGGUCGACAAACACUGUUGGGGUAGUGGUGUACAGUCACAGCUUGUAUAAAGCUCCUUCCAGGAUGCUCUUUUAGUUUCAAAGACAAAGAAAAUAAAAAAAGAUGCUACUGCGAUCCCAGUUGACUCUAAUCAAGCCAAGGCAAUAAGUUUAGAUUUCUAGCAGGUAAAUGAGUUAUAAUGUCAAAUUGUGAUGAAUUUAUGUACAAAUAUAAAAUAAACAAAUUGAUUCGGAA